UAUUCCUAAUGUUUACUCUCCAUUCUUCACGUCGGUACUACAGUAUUCUGAUCUCGUUUGUUAUUCAUCCUGUUGAGCUGAUGUGGUAUGGUAACUUAGUUCAACUAGUGUCUAUACUAGUCUUCAAAGUAAUGUCUGUCGGUUCGACCAAAUAAAAAUCUUAUUGCUAUGUAACUAUAACGGAUACUAAGAAUUAAUAUAUUUUUACUAGAUGAAAUCAUGAGUCAUUUGAAGCUAGACUAUCACGAAAAACCUGGAAGUACUGAACGACUGUUUCAUCCUACUGUGGGACUCCUCGACAGUGCUCAUCCAUGAUCCCGACUCACGAAAUUUGAACCCAAUACAUAUCAGUCUCGUGCGCGAACGCUUAACCACUACACCAUUGAGCCCGCCUUCAUCCAACAAUGUUAAUGUCUAACUUCAACUAAUCCAUGAAAUUGAACAACACAUUCACCAUUGUCUUCAACAAAUAUAGUAAAUCAGUUAUGUCAAUACUGAAUUGAUGAAUAUCAAAUGCAGCAAUAAUUGAUAAAUUAAAAUAAUACAUGGUACCUAACCAAAAAAAAAAAAGAUUUAAAAACCAUACAAUUUUGAUGAAUAUUUCAAACAUGACACAAUUUCCAUAUUGGUCAAUAAAUUGAGAUACUUUCCAAUGAUAUGUUGUACCACCCCCCCUUUUAAUCUCGAUCGAUCAAUUUAAUCAAUAAUUAAGAGUUGAGCUCAUAAAAUGAUUACUUGUAUAAUCAAUAUUUGUUUAUUGUAAUAAUGAUAAAAUUAUAAUAACCUUAUUAAGUUAUAUUAUGAAACGUUUAACAAUAACGGAUCUAUUCAAUUCAUCAACUAAUCCUAUAACAUGUAAACAUCGUACUAAUGAAAUGCAUUUAAAAUUCUGUGAGAUACAUUGUUUUAAACAUAGAUCACCAACAAUAGUUACACAUAAAUUCACUUUUAAAAAGACUUUACAAAAGUCAUCUUAUGGAUUAAAAUAUAUUGACAAGAGAACACCAUCAUCAUCAUCAUCAUCAUCAACGUUGUCAUCAUCAUCAUCAUCAUCAUCAUCAUCAUCAUCGUCUUCUUCUUCAACAGAUCGUAGACGUUUUGUAAGAAGUUUUGGGGAAAUUCCUAAGAAAAAGCGUGAUGGAUUAUCAUCCACCGACACAGAAACCAUGUCAUCUAACAGAAAAGUUAAUGGCCGAUUAACUUUAUUAACUGGAUCAAAAAAUCGACUUACAAUUGGUCGUCAUCAUAGUGUACAAUCCAAUAAAGAAAAUGAACAAUAUAAUAAAAAUAAUCAAAAUUGUUUGAAUUCAAAUAAUGUUGGCAAAGAGAAUAUGAAUGUUGGUUUAAGACGCAAUACUGUCUGUAGUAGUAGUAGUACUACUGGUGCUUUUAAAUCAAUUAGAACACGUGGUUUAAUGGAGUUGAGAAAGUCUAACAAAAAUAAUCAUGUUGAACAAACAAAGAAAUUAAAUUCAAAAAAAUCCAAGUCUAUAGAUGAUUCAGUAGUAGGAUUAAUACAUUUUCGAAAGCUUACUCUAAAUGAUAAUAUACAUAAGAUAACAGAAUGGGAUCAAAUUCAAAUUAAAAGUGAAGAAUGUGUUUUUCAAUGUCAAUCAUAUGAUCAAAUCGUUGAUGAUCAAUUUGUAGGAAUAAGUACUAGUCAGGAAAGUGAUUUGUACAUAUGUAAUAAGAAUAGAAGAUUAAAUAAAUGGUCUGUUUUAGAAAGCACCAAAAUGAUGACAGCACUAUUCUUUGAUGAAUUACCAAUAAUUUUUGAAAAAGAGAUUAACAAUGAAAUAACAGCAAAUGAAAUUCUUUCUGAAUGCUAUCGUGAUAAUAAUAAUAAUAGUUCUAACGAGAAAGUUAAAUCAUACUAUAGUCAUCGUUCAGUGAUUUCACUGCCACGAUCUGUAGCCGAUGAACAACAUUUGGGAGAAUUUCACUUAAACCAUGAACGUGUACAACAGUAUUUAAAGUUGCGCACAGAAUCAUUGCAUUUAGCUGUCAGUUUAGUUGGUCAGUUUACCUGGAGUCAAAUUACUUUAUAUCCGUCAGAAAACCAGCUACUUGGUUUUACAGCAAUAUUUGUUGCUGUAAAAUUCGUUGAACGCUUCCAUCCAGCAUCUAAAAUGUGGUGUUAUUGA